AUGUUUGAAGACUUCUCGUUCUCGUCCCCCUCGUCGGCCAGGGCACCCCGCCUCGCCCAAGACGACGACAGACUCAUGGCCGACUGCGACUCCAUGAUCUCGCCCAUGUCCUCGCGAUGUCCCUCGCCCCGGUCAUUCUCUGUAUCGCGUUUCCCUCGCUCGCGAUCGCUAUACUUCCGCUCGCCCCAGCAGCAACACCCGCCACCUACCUCCGUCCCCUACGACCACCACCACCGUCUCUCCAUCGGCACCCUCACCAAGAAACUCCACGAGCACACAAUCCAGAACCCUUCGAGCGCGGAGAACCCUUCGCACCGUGAAUGCCCGUCGCCGACAUCUCCGUCUCUGUCAUCCUACUCCCGCUUCCCAGGCUACGUCCUCACCCCGCCAGACACCGACCACGACGACGAGGGCUACGGAUCUCCAAUAUCCCCUUCCCAAAGCCUCUCUCCAACACCGCAAUCCCCAUCGCUUAUGCCACAACCUACCUCCGCCCCGCUUGACCCCUUCGAUCCCGACCUCCCGACCUCUCCAUCAGCACCGGCCUCGUCUUCAGACCCCUACACCUCCGUCCGCUCCCGCCGCCAACACAUCUCCCGACUCCAAGGCCAAUACACCCCAACAGACCUCGACGCCAUCCGCCGCUCCCUCCUCGCCUCCGCCGACGAUGAAUCCCGCAGACACAACCCCCUCCUCACGGAAUCGUGCCACCCUUCCUCACUCCCGCCCACGCAGGGCCACCGCCGACGAAGAGGGGGUAGUCUGCACCGCUCUCGCGUGCGGUCUCCCGUUAGCCCAGAACCAGUAUCCGGGUCCGGGGUCGGGGUCGGGGAUGCCCAUCUGUUGCGUAGGAAGAGCAUAUGUAUACCCGGUAGUGGAGCGGGACCAGGAAGCGGAGCGGGAUCUUUACUCCCCAGCUCGACGAGCCGGAUCGAGAAGAACUACCAGUCUUCGAGUGAUCGGGAUCGGAAGAAGAGCGAGGCCGGAUUGAGACGGAAGAGCCUGGUUAGUGCGGCUUUGGCGUCGAUGAUUGAGAAUGAGGAGUAG